AUGUCGGGCGGCGGCAGCCGGGAGGAGGAGCGGCGCAAACUCGCCGAUAUCAUCAACCACUGGAACGCGAACCGGCUGGACCUGUUCGAGAUCAGCCCCCCCACCGAGGAUUUGGAGUUUCAUGGGGUAAUGAGAUUUUAUUUUCAAGACAAAGCAGCUGGAAACUUUGCAACAAAAUGUAUUCGUGUUUCUAGCACUGCCACAACACAAGAUGUAAUAGAAACCCUUGCAGAGAAAUUCCGACCAGAUAUGCGAAUGUUGUCAUCUCCUAAAUACUCACUUUAUGAAGUGCACGUCAGUGGAGAAAGAAGAUUAGAUAUAGAUGAGAAGCCUCUUGUUGUACAGUUAAAUUGGAACAAGGAUGACCGAGAGGGGAGGUUUGUUCUCAAGAAUGAAAAUGAUACACUUCCUCCAAAGAAGGCUCAGAGCAAUGGGCCUGAAAAACAAGAAAAAGAGGGAGUGAUCCAGAACUUCAAACGGACUCUAUCAAAGAAAGAAAAAAAAGAAAAGAAGAGGCGAGAGAAAGAGGCAUUGCGGCAAGCAUCAGAUAGAGAUGAUAGACCUUUUCAUGGAGAUGAUAUUGAGAAUUCUCGUCUUGCAGCAGAGGUGUACAAAGAUAUGCCAGAGACCAGCUUCACUCGGACAAUAUCCAAUCCUGAGGUAGUCAUGAAACGACGGCGACAACAGAAACUAGAGAAGAGAAUGCAGGAGUUCCGCAGCUCUGAUGGCCGGCCAGACUCAGGUGGAACCCUGAGGAUUUAUGCAGACAGUUUAAAACCAAAUAUACCAUACAAGACCAUCCUGCUGUCCACUACAGAUACUGCAGACUUUGCAGUUAUUGAAGCACUGGAGAAGUACGGUCUGGAAAAGGAAAAUCCCAAGGAUUACUGUAUUGCUCGGGUUAUGCUUCCUCCUGGUGCUCAACACUCUGAUGAUAAAGGUGCUAAAGAAAUUAUCCUUGAUGAUGAUGAGUGCCCACUUCAAAUAUUCAGGGAAUGGUCUAGUGAUAAAGGAAUACUAGUCUUUCAGUUGAAAAGACGGCCUUCUGACUAUAUCCCAAAGAAAACCAAGAAACAAACUGAUGGAAAGCCAUUAAAGGGGAAGGAAAGAGUUGACGGGUCUGGCUAUGGCUCUUGCCUUCCUCCUGAGAAACUACCCUACCUGGUGGAAUUAAGCCCAGGGAGAAGGAAUCACUUUGCCUACUACAACUAUCACACUUAUGAAGAUGGUUCUGACUCAAGAGAUAAGCCAAAACUCUACCGUCUACAAUUAAGUGUCACUGAAGUUGGAACUGAAAAGUUUGAUGACAAUUCCAUCCAGUUGUUUGGUCCAGGAAUUCAGUCUCAUCACUGUGAUCUCACCAAUAUGGAUGGAGUUGUUACUGUUACACCAAGAAGCAUUGACGCUGAAACUUAUGUAGAAGGUCAGCGUAUUUCAGAGACCACCAUGCUGCAAAGUGGCAUGAAGGUUCAGUUUGGAUCAUCUCAUGUAUUUAAAUUUGUGGAUCCCAGUCAGGACCACAUGAUUCCUAAAAGAACUCUAGAUGCAGGUCUCAUGAUCAAAGGUCCAAGGCACAAAACUGGGGUUGUUCAGGAAACAACAUUUGAUCUGGAGGGAGAUGUUCACAGUGGAACAGCAUUACCAGCGAGCAAGAGCACCAAUAGACUGGAUGGUGACAGAACUUCAUCAGCAUCCAGCACAGCUGAACGAGGAAUGGUGAAGCCAAUGAUUAGAGUGGAACAGCAGCAAGAUUAUCGCAGGCACGACGGCAGACCUCAGGACAUGGUUGGGCCAGAACUGAUAUUACCUGCAAGCAUCGAAUUCAAGGAAAGUUCUGAAGAUGCCUUCUUAUCUGCCAUUAUUAAUUAUACCAACAGCUCGACAGUUCAUUUUAAAUUAUCGCCUACUUAUGUUUUGUACAUGACAUGUCGGUAUGUAUUGUCAAACCAGUACAGACCUGACAUCAGUCCUACUGAGCGUACUCACAAAGUCAUUGCAAUAGUCAACAAGAUGGUGAGCAUGAUGGAAGGAGUUAUACAGGAGGUAGACCAGGUUGAUCAGAAGCAGAAGAAUAUUGCUGGGGCACUUGCCUUUUGGAUGGCAAAUGCGUCUGAAUUGCUCAACUUCAUUAAGCAAGACCGCGACCUUAGCCGAAUUACUUUAGACGCGCAAGAUGUUCUGGCACAUUUGGUUCAAAUGGCUUUCAAAUAUUUAGUUCACUGUCUUCAGUCAGAGCUUAACAAUUACAUGCCAGCAUUCCUUGAUGAUCCAGACGAAAAUAAUCCUCAAAGGCCUAAAAUAGAUGAUGUCUUGCAUACACUAACUGGAGCUAUGUCCCUGUUGCGACGAUGUAGAGUGAAUGCUGCACUGACUAUACAGCUCUUCUCCCAGCUCUUCCACUUUAUCAACAUGUGGCUUUUUAAUAGAUUGGUUACUGACCCAGAUUCAGGAUUGUGUUCUCAUUACUGGGGAGCCAUCAUCCGUCAGCAGUUGGGCCAUAUAGAGGCCUGGGCAGAAAAACAGGGCCUAGAGCUGGCUGCUGAUUGCCACCUAAGCAGGAUAGUGCAGGCAACUACACUACUUACCAUGGAUAAAUACUCACAUGAUGACAUUCCAAAUAUUAACAGUACCUGCUUUAAGUUGAAUUCUCUACAGCUACAGGCAUUACUGCAGAAUUAUCACUGUGCUCCAGAUGAACCAUUUAUCCCAACAGAGUUGAUAGAGAAUGUAGUGGCUGUUGCAGAAAAUACAGCUGAUGAACUAGCUCGUAGUGAUGGCAGAGAAGUCCAGCUAGAAGAGGAUCCUGAUCUACAGCUGCCUUUUCUUUUGCCAGAAGAUGGCUAUUCAUGUGAUGUUGUCAGAAACAUUCCAAGUGGUUUACAAGAAUUUUUAGAUCCACUAUGCCAGAGAGGCUUUUGCAGGCUGACACCUCAUCCACGUUCACCAGGCACUUGGACAAUGUAUUUUGAAGGUGCAGACUAUGAAAGUCACCUGUUACGCGAGAAUGCUGAGCUAGCUCAGCCUUUGAGGAAAGAACCGGAAAUCAUCACAGUAACAUUAAAGAAACAAAAUGGAAUGGGCUUAAGCAUUGUUGCUGCUAAGGGUGCAGGUCAAGAUAAACUUGGAAUCUAUGUCAAGUCUGUGGUAAAAGGAGGUGCUGCCGAUGUGGAUGGUCGGCUAGCUGCAGGGGAUCAGUUGCUCAGCGUGGAUGGUCGAAGUUUAGUGGGUCUGUCCCAAGAAAGGGCAGCAGAGCUCAUGACAAGAACAGGUUCUGUAGUCACCCUAGAAGUAGCAAAACAAGGAGCAAUUUACCAUGGUCUGGCAACCCUGCUUAAUCAGCCAUCCCCAAUGAUGCAAAGAGUUUCGGACCGCCGUGGCUCAGGUAAACCUCGACCAAAGAGUGAAGGUUUUGAGCUGUAUAAUAAUUCUGCUCAAAAUGGGUCACCUGAGAGCCCUCAGCUGCCUUGGACAGAGUAUAAUGAACCAAAGAAGCUGUCAGGGGAUGACAGACUGAUGAAGAAUCGAGCUGAUCACCGCUCCAGUCCCAAUGUAGCAAAUCAGCCACCAAGCCCUGGAGGGAAGAAUGCUUAUGCUGCUGGAGCGACCACCAAGAUAACUUCAGUCUCUACUGGAAAUCUUUGUACAGAGGAGCAGACACUGCCACCAAGACCUGAAGCUUAUCCUAUACCAACACAAACCUAUACCAGAGAAUAUUUCACAUUCCCAGCUUCAAAAUCCCAGGAUCGAAUGGGUCCUGCUCAGAAUCAGUGGCCGAGUUAUGAAGACAAACCACAGAUCCAGGCAGAGAGUAAUCACUCAAUUAGUGCUGCAAUGCAGCGUGCAGCUCAUUCCCAGGAAGAACUUCGAGAUGAUAAAGUUUUCCAACCAGAGAGGAAUCGUCUGGAGGUGGUUAUAAGAAAGGAUGUAGAGUACAUUGAUCGAAAGUCAGACAGUGAUCCAUGGAUGAAUUCAUCUGUGGAUUCCAGCACAUCCAGCCAAGAGCAUCUGAACCACUCCUCCAAAUCUAUUUCCCCGGGUUCUUGUUUAACCAAAAGUGGACCUGGCCGUUGGAAAACUCCAGCUAUCAACCAGCCAACACCAGUGGCAGUUUCCCAACCCAUCAGAACAGACCUUCCUCCACCUCCCCCUCCUCCACCAGUGCACUAUGCAGCUGAUUUUGAUGGACUGCAAAUGGAUUUGCCUUUGCCUCUGCCUCCACCUCCCCCUUCAAACCAGCUAGGAACACUAGCUGCUGCAGAACGUAAAAAAAGAGAGGAGCAUCAGCGGUGGUAUGAAAAGGAAAAAGCGCGUCUAGAGGAAGAGCGAGAGAGGAAGCGUCGUGAGCAGGAAAGGAAAUUGGGCCAGAUGCGUACUCAGCCUAUGGUUCCUCCUGUUUCUGUGCAGCAGGUGAAACCAGAAAAGCCUUCAACAUUGCAGAGGUCCCAGGACACUGUCAUUCGAGAGCUACAGCCCCAACAGCAGCCCCGAACCAUCGAACGUAGAGAUCUGCAGUACAUCACCAUCAGCAAAGAAGAACUGUCCUCCAGUGAUAGCUUGUCUCCUGAUCCCUGGAAACGGGAUGCUAAGGAGAAGCUAGAAAAGCAACAGCAGAUGCACAUUGUGGACAUGCUGAGUAAAGAGAUUCAGGAACUUCAAAACAAGCCCGACCGUACAGCAGAAGAGAACGAUCGCCUGCGCAAACUUAUGCUCGAGUGGCAGUUCCAGAAACGACUUCAAGAGUCAAAGCAAAAGGAUGAGGAUGAUGACGAGGAAGAAGAUGAUGAUGUGGAUACCAUGCUAAUUAUGCAACGGCUGGAGGCUGAAAAAAGAGCAAGGUUACAGGAUGAAGAGCGCAGACGGCAGCAACAGUUAGAAGAGAUGCGUAAACGAGAAGCAGAAGAUAGGGCCAGGCAAGAAGAAGAGCGCCGGCGCCAGGAGGAGGAGCGGACCAAGAGAGAGGCUGAAGAAAAGAGGCGACAGGAGGAGGAGUAUUACAACCGUUUGGAAGCUGAAAGGCGUAGACAGCAUGAUGAGGCAGAACGAAGAUUACUGGAACCUGACGAGCCUGGUCUGUACAGACCUCCGCUUCCACGGGAAUAUGAGCUCCCACCCCCACCCCCUUCAUCUAAUGCUCCUCCUCCCCCACCUCAGCGAAACACCUCUUACCUCAAAACACAGGUCCUCUCCCCUGACACGGUUUAUACUGCCAAGUUUGUUGCAUACAAUGAUGAGGAGGAGGAGGAUUCCACUCUAGCAGGACCAAAUUCUUACACUGGAUCUACAGGAGCAAUUGUUGGAGCCCAUGAAGUUUAUCGGGAUCCAAGAGAGAAAAGAUCUAAAAGUCAAGAUACAGAUUUACCUGGAGCACCAGAGAACUUGACAUUCAGGGAGCGCCAACGACUUUUUUCCCAGGGCCAGGACGUAUCCAAUAAAGUAAAGGCUUCUAGGAAAUUAAUGGAACUGGAAAAUGAGUUGAACACAAAAUAA